UCUGUGCAGUGGCAAGAUCGUCUGAAUUACCGCGCACUGAACUUAUCACCAGUCGAUCCUUACAAGUUGGCGGGCCCACAUUGAGAAAUUAGUUCAGAUCACACUGGAUAUACGAGCGAUGGCAGAGUAGUUACCCUAAACUCUAAGGUGGUACCGUGCUUUUUACCGUACUAGAUUCAGACCGCGCCUGGCACAUCCAUCUGCUCUUCUGGUUAAAACUUAAAAGAGCUUUCAACUACUUGUCUCUUAUCUUUUUGGUCUUAUAAUUUGGAAGGAGAUGUCAAUGGCAAGCAUUGGAUUGGGCCCUUGGUUCCACAAGAAGAUCGUCGAUCCUCUAAUCCAAAUCCUCCGCAGGGGUGCUGAGCCGAAGCAACUGGCAUUCUCUGCUGCUCUUGGCAUUACCUUGGGAGUAUUUCCAAUAUGUGGCGUCACUGUGUUUCUAUGUGGGAUGGCUAUUGCACUGCUUCAAUCUCGUUGCCAUGCUCCAACUGCAAUGCUGGCAAACUUUAUUGCUACUCCAAUAGAGUUGAGCCUGCUAGUACCCUUCUUGCGCCUUGGUGAAAUUAUCUCUGGUGGACCUCAAUUUCCAUUGUCAUCUGAUGCUCUGAAGAAGGUUUUGACUGGCCAAGCUUCGCGCGAAGUCUUCCUAAGUAUAGCCCAUGCGUUGUUGGGAUGGCUUGUUGCAGCACCCUUUAUCUUGGCCAUACUAUAUGUCACACUUUUGCCGUGUUUUAAGUUCUUGGUUCACAAGUUCAGCCCUGUUCCUUUAAGCCCAAAGAAACCACUUCGUGCAAACUCGGAUAUCAAGCUCAAGGAAACGGAUGAAAGCCUCUCUAUUGCUCAGCAUCAUCGGAUGUAUUGUUAUGGUGUUUUGAAACACACUAGAACGGAUCAUAGCCUUGAUAGAUACAGGACCGAGGAGCUGCCUGGUUCUGGGAUCACUGGGGUUUUACAUAUCAAACUCUGCUUGUUAUUUAGAACUUCUAUGAUAUUAUUAUAUAGGUUUCUUUUAACAAAUUCUCAUUAUUGCAUUUCUGGUCAGUUGAUAUCAUACCAUAGUCCAAAUUAAGGCCUCAAAAAAGUG